CACCGCUCUCAACUGCCGACUCUUUCACUUGGUUGUCCCCACCUCAGACGAGAUCGCCAACCACGAUAGAUAUCAUGAAGGUCACGAUAAAAGAGUGGAACGCCGUCGCCGCCUGGCGCUGGGACUUGCCCGAAGACGACGUCUGCGGUAUCUGUCGAAAUCCUUACGACAGCACCUGCUCCAAGUGCAAGUUUCCAGGCGACGAAUGCCCGCUACUCCUCGGAGAGUGUAAUCACUCUUUCCAUAUGCACUGCAUCUUCUCGUGGCUGAAACAAGAGAGCUCACAAGAGAAGUGUCCCAUGUGUCGACAACCGUUCAAGUCGAAGAGUCAAGACGCGGCGCCUGUUGUCGAGAACCAGGAACUAGUCCUGGAACCGGAUUCUAGCCCGAACUGAGUCCGAUGCGUUCAAUACAGGACGCGAUGGUGUUUUUGGACGUGUAGUUGGCGUUUUGAAUGUACGUUGGGGUUCUAUGACGGGUUCACCAGGAUCUGAUAUCUGGUGUCUCGAGCAUCGUACUUGAACUAUAACAGCAUCACUGGCGUUUGAAUGAUAUCCACGAAGGUUUACCGUACGAUGAAAUCGGAAAUCAUGUCUUUUGAAUAACUGUUUCC